CCUUGAAUAGCAAAGAGGUUUUGUAGAAUUAUAAUUAAUAGUGAAAUAAUACAAAAAUAAUAAUGAAUAGUUUCAUUGCAACCUUGUGUUUUGUAAGUCUAAUUUUAGCAAGUGUCGCGCAAUUGAAUAUUAAGAGUCCUUUUUCGGACGUAGCUAAACAAAUUGAACAAAUUCUUCAGAAUAAUCGUCAAAGUUUCGCUGAUGGUUUCAAAGGACUACCAACAUUGGACCCUCUCUUUAUAUCAGGACCAAUGAAAUUGAAUGCAGAUCCGUUCCGAGCAACAGUUUCAAAUAUCAAAGUCAAUAAAUUAUCCACAUUUAACGAAACUUCUCUCGAUAUUUUAAGUAAUGGAUUGUUUAUUUUUACAGUGAAAGUACCACAAAUAUCAGUGGAAGGAUAUCUUACAAUACCCGUGGGUGCAUCAAUCUAUACAGGCACACUUGAAUCGUUACUCUCAGAUGUUUGGAUCGCCAUUAACGGACAUGUAUCAGUUUCGAAUAAUCAAAUUACACUUAGUGAAGUGCAUGUAGAUAUAACCGUUAAUGAAGUACCAAUGGUCAAAGUAAUUGGAUUCCCUGGUAGUAAUCAAUGGACAAAUAAUUUCAUAAACAAAUUUUUAAGAGAUAAUUUGAAUAAAGUGAUUAACAAUGACAGCACUAUUUAUGAAUCAGCGCUCAGUGAUGUUGUAACCAAAUACUUAACGUCAGCAUUAGGCAAAAGUUAUUCCGAAUUAAUUUAUAAAAUAAACUUAUUGGCAUAAAUAAUUUUGUUUUACUUAUUAUGCUAAUAUUAUUAACCUAUUGAGCGCCAAAUUUCGAUAUAUCCACAUCAGGCUUAAGUAUUAUGUAUUUAAGCUAUUAUGACAAUUUUAUAACAAAUCACACUCAUUUAUGAAAAAAUAUGUGACUUACACAUGAUAUAAUCCCUCAUUAACAUGCUUACCAAAUUUGAAUUAUAGGACCAUUCAAACAACCUAUCAAAAAACGCCUUACGCUCAAAGGAUUAAAUCUACAUUUUUUUAAUUUUUAAUUCACACACAAAUUAAAAUAAGAUAUUUUGUAAUUUUUUUUUUUAAAUAAAGAUCAUAAA